UUUAGAUGCACUAUUGUAAAGUGGCUGUUCCACUGGAUGUCAGAAGGUGAAUUCACCAAUUUGUAAGUCGCUCUGGAUAAGAGCGUCUGCUAAAUGACUUAAAUGUAAUGUAAAUGUUGUAUGUUUGAGAGAAUAGGUUAUGGGCAAUUCAAACAAACCCACAUUGUAUUACUGUAGGAGUAGGAUAUUUACACAGAUGUAAACACACAUUUUACAAUCAAAUAACAUCUCUGAAUUGGUUUUAGGCCUAUAUAAAUAGCAGAUAGAAGUGAUAUGCUUUCACUUUUCAGAACAAGCUGUGUGUGUAUGGGCAUUGACAUUUGCUACAUAUGGAUAAGUAGGCUUUUUCAAAUAGUAUUUUAAGGGUCUCCUUUCUGCUCAAAACACACUGUAAAAUGGUUUACUUUGUCUGAAUGACAAAUGAAAGUGUUAGGUUCACUUCAGUUGCUUCCAAAUGGGUAUCAUCACUAAACAUGUUUGUCCAUUGGAGGGUGCUGUCUGCUAGUGUUAAGGUCAGUGAUGAGCUGAUAGGAUUUCCUCUCCGUAUGAUGGGUGCUAUGGUUGGGCUUUAUUUUACAGCCCUCUAUUUACCUGGUGUCCUUAGAAAUUAGAUGGUAAUAAUAGUUAAAUUGCUGGAUAAUUAGGCCCUCCUUCUUAGUGGUUUCUCAUUGAUUGUAACAUGCACCACUAGUACCAUGUUACUUGUUAUAGUGAACAAAAAUAUGAGCUCAACAAUUUCAAAGAUUUUUACAGAGUUACUGUUUAUAUAAGGAAAUCAGUCAAUUGAAAUAAAUGAAUUAGGCCCUAAUCUAUGGAUUUCACUUGACUGGGCAGAGGUGCAACCAUGGGUGGGCCUUGGAGGGCAUUGGCCCACCCACUGGGGAGCCAGGCCCAGCCACUGGGGAUCCAGGCCCAGCCAAUCAGUUUGUUACACACACAAAUGCACCUCCGUUUCAUCAGCUGUCCAGGUGGCUGGUCUCAGACAAUCCCCCAGGUAAAUAAGCCAGAUGUGGAGGUCCUGGGCUGGCGUGGUUACAUGUGGUCUGCGGUUGUAAGGCUGGUUGGACGUACUGCUAAAUUCUCUGAAACAACGUUGGAGACGGCUUAUGGUAGAGAAAUGAACAUUCAAUUAUCUGGCAACAGCUCUGGUGGACAUUCCUGUAUUCAACAUGCCAAUUGCCCACUCCCUCCAAACUUGAGAUAUCUGUAGCAUUUUGUUGUGUGACAAAACUACACAUUAUAAAUAGCCUUUUAUUGUCCCCAGCAAAAGGUGUAACUGUGUAAUGGUCAUGCUGUUUAAUCAGCUUCUUGAUAUGCCACACCUGUCAGGUGAAUGGAUUAUCUUGGCAAAGGAGAAAUGCUCACUAAAAGAGACAUACAAAAAUUAUUCACAACAUUUGAGAGAAAUAAGCUUUUUGUAAGUAUGGAACAUUCCUGUGAUCUUUUAUUUCAGCUCAUGAAACUUGGGACCAACACUUUACAUGUUACAUUUAUAUUGUUCUUCAGUGUACCAAUGGUGUUGGAAUCCAUGAUAUAGGUUAAGUACAGGGCAUUACUGUUUGUUGCUUCAUUAGGUUGGGGACAAACGGGUCAGCCUCAUGCAGAAGAUUGGUAACUGAUUUAAUUGGCUCUUUUAAAAUAUGUUGCUGAUAUCUCUCUCCCUCCAGACCCUGUGGUGGUGUGCGUAGCGCACCAUGGCCCAGACCCUUCAGAUGGCGAUUCCUAACUUUGGCAACAACGUCCUGGAGUGUCUGAACGAGCAGCGUCUCCAGGGGCUCUACUGCGAUGUCUCCGUGGUCGUCAAGGGACACGCCUUCAAGGCUCACCGUGCCGUGCUUGCGGCCAGCAGCUCUUACUUCCGGGACCUGUUCAGCACUGGGGGAGGCAGCGGCUCCAAGACCCCCACAGUGGUGGAGCUCCCCCCGGCCGUCCAGCCCCAGAGCUUCCAGCAGAUCCUGGCCUUCUGCUACACAGGCCGCCUCAGCAUGACAGUGGGAGACCAGUUCCUCCUCAUGUACACCGCAGGCUUCCUGCAGAUCCAGCAGAUCAUGGAGAAGGGCACAGAGUUCUUCCUCAAG